GGUGCAGCUCUGACUCAUUCCAGGAUCAGUUCAGUUGCGUCUCAGUAGAUUUUGUUCAGACUGCAGAAUCUUCAUCUUCAACUCUUUGGACUGUUUGAAGAAACUAUGAAGGUGUGUGUGUGAGCUGAUGUGGACGUGAAUUCAGCAGAAUGGACCAGUGUGAGGACGGAGAGGACGGAGUCCCUCCCUCUAAAACCUCUCUGUGUGGGGAACAUGAGAGUCGGAGCAAAGCUCAGAGGAAUCGACCUGGACCUGGACCUGGACCUGGACCUGGACCGGGACCUGGACCUGGAUCUGGACCUGGACCUGGACCUGGACCUGGACCUGGACCUGGACCUGGACCUGGACCUGGACCCGGACCCGGACCCGGACCCGGACCCGGACCUGGACCUGAAGCUGAAACUGAUCAUGAACCCAGCUGUGUGUCCUUGAAGAGUGACCAGUCAAAGAACAUUAUUAUUGAGUUUAAAGGAGACCAAGGUCCUGCUGGAAAGAGGGUCCAAGAGAAAAGAGACUCUCUUGUAGAUGAACCCAGCUGUGUGUCCUUGAAGAGUAACCAGUCAAAGAACAUUAUUAUUGAGUUUAAAGGAGACCAACAGUCUUCUUCAGAGAGAGUGGACCAGCAGAUCUCAGAGUCCCCCAGCGGUCCGUCUGUCCAGCAGCAUCAGACCCAGCUGGACUCCGUCUUUCAGCUGCUGGAGGACAACUUUGUCAUGUUUGUGAAGGACGAACUGAAGAAGAUCCAGAGGGUUCUGAGUCCAGAUUACCCAGAAUCCCUAGAUCUGUUGGAGGGUGAGGAUGAAGAACAGAAGAGCAGCAGCAGAGAGGCGUUUGUGAAGAUCACAGUGAACUUCCUGAGGAGAAUGAAGCAGGAGGAGCUGGCUGAGCGUCUGCAGAGCAAUGUUUCUGCUGCAGUUUGUAAAAAGCGGCUGAAGUCUAAGCUGAAGAAGAAGUGCCAGUGUGUGUCUGAGGGGAUUGUUAAAGCAGGAAACCCAACCCUUCUGAAGCAGAUCUACACGGAGCUCUACAUCACAGAGGGAGGGACUGGACACGUCAACGAUGAACAUGAAGUCAGACAGAUUGAAGCAGCUUCAAGGAAACCACACAGAGCAGAAACAGCCAUCAGACAGGAAGACAUCUUUAAAGUCCCACCUGGAAGAGAUGAACCAAUCAGAAUGGUGAUGACGAAGGGAGUGGCCGGCAUCGGGAAAACAGUCCUAACACAGAAGUUCACUCUGGACUGGGCUGAAGGCAGAACCAACCAGGACAUCCAGUUCCUGCUUCCAUUCACCUUCAGAGAGCUGAAUGUGCUGAAAGAGAGAAAGUUCAGCUUGGUGGAACUUGUUCAUCACUUCUUCAGUGAAACCAAAGGAAUCUGCAGCUUUGAAGAGUUCCAGGUCGUGUUCAUCCUUGACGGUCUGGAUGAGAGUCGACUUUCUCUGGACUUCCACAAAAAUGAGGACCUGACUGAUGUUACAGAGCCCACCUCAGUGGAUGUGCUGCUGACAAACCUCAUCCGGGGGAACCUGCUUCCUUCUGCUCGUCUCUGGAUCACCACACGACCCGCAGCAGCCAAUCAGAUCCCUCCUAAGUGUGUUGACCUGGUGACAGAAGUCAGAGGGUUCACUGACCCACAGAAGGAGGACUACUUCAGGAAGAGGUUCAGAGAUGAGGAGCAGACCAGCAGGAUCAUCUACCACAUCAAGACAUCACGGAGCCUCCACAUCAUGUGCCACAUCCCAGUCUUCUGCUGGAUCACUGCUACGGUCCUGGAGAACGUUCUGGAGAAAGUCCUGGAAACCAGAAAGGGAGGGGAGCUGCCCAAGACCCUGACUGAGAUGUACAUCCACUUCCUGGUGGUCCAGGCCAAACUGAAGAAGCUCAAGUAUGAUGGAGGAGCUGAGACGGAUCCACACUGGAGUCCAGAGAGCAGGAAGAUGGUGGAGUCUCUGGGAAAACUGGCUUUUGAGCAGCUGCAGAAAGGAAACCUGAUCUUCUAUGAACCAGACCUGAGAGAGUGUGGCAUCGAUGUCAGAGAGGCUUCAGUGUACUCAGGAGUGUUCACCCAGAUCUUUAGAGAGGAGAGCGGCCUGUAUCAGGACCAGGUCUUCUGCUUCAUCCAUCUGAGUGUUCAGGAGUUUCUGGCUGCUCUUCAUGUCCAUCAGACCUUCAUCAGCUCUGGAGUCAACUUGCUGGAGGAACAAAAGAAUACUUCCUGGUGGUUUAAAAAAAGACCAGAGACUGACCUCUAUCAGAGUGCUGUGGACAAGGCCUUACAGAGUCCAAACGGACACCUGGACUUGUUCCUCCGUUUCCUCCUGGGUCUUUCACUGGAGACCAAUCAGACUCUCCUACGAGGUCUGUUGGAACCACAACAAAGAAGAUCACAGAACAAGCAGGAAACAGUUGAAUACAUCAAGAAGAAGAUCAGUGAGGAUCUGUCUGCAGAGAGAAGCAUCAACCUGUUCCACUGUCUGAAUGAACUGAACGAUCGUUCUCUGGUGGAGGAGGUCCAACGGUCCCUGAGGUCUGGACGUCUCUCCACAGAUAAACUGUCUCCUGCUCAGUGGUCGGCUCUGGUCUUCAUUUUACUGUCAUCAGGAGAUCUGGAGGUGUUUGACCUGAAGAAGUUCCGAGCUUCAGAGGAGGUUCUACGGAGGCUGCUGCCGGUGGUCAAAGCCUCCAAGAAAGUUGUGUUGAGUGGUUGUAACCUCUCAGGGAACAUCUGUCCACUUCUGUCCUCAGUUCUCAGCUCUCAGUCCUCCAGUCUGACAGAACUGGACCUGAGUAACAACCACCUGCAGGAUUCAGGACUGAAGAAUCUGUGUCCUGGACUGGAGAGUCCACACUGUCACCUGGAGUCUCUCAGGUUGAUUGACUGUAACCUCUCAGAGGACAUCUGUCCACUUCUGUCCUCAGUUCUCAGCUCUCAGUCCUCCAGUCUGACAGAACUGGACCUGAGUAACAACCACCUGCAGGAUUCUGGACUGAAGAAGCUGUGUCCUGGACUGGAGAGUCCACACUGUCACCUGGAGUCUCUCAGGCUGUCAGGCUGUCUGAUCUCAGAGGAAGGAAGUUCUUCUCUGGUCUCAGCUCUGAACUCCAACCACUCCCACCUGAGAGAGCUGGACCUGAGCUACAACCAUCCAGGAGAGUCAGCAGGGAAGCUUCUGUCUAGACUGGAGGAUGCCCGCUGGAGACUGGACACUCUCAGGGUGGAGCCUGCUGGACAACGAUGGUUGACACCAGGCCUGAGGAAGUAUUCCUGUCAACUCACCGUCGACACAAACACAGUCAACAACUGCAUCCAACUGUCUGACGACAACAGGAAGAUGAUGUGUGUGGAGGAAUAUCAGUCAUAUCCUGAUCAUCCAGACAGGUUUGAUUCCUGGUACCAGCUGCUGUGUAGAGAAGUUCUGACGGGUCGCUGUUACUGGGAGGUCCAGAGGACAGGAGGAGUUUCUGUAUCAGUGAGUUACAGAAGAAUCAGCAGGAAAGGAAACUCUGAUGACUGUGUGUUUGGAAGGAACGAUCAUUCCUGGAAACUGUUCUGUUCUGAUGAUGGUCGGUACCGUGUCCGUCACAAUAACAGAGGAACACCUUCCUCCUCCUCUUUCUCAGUCUCUGGCAGAGUAGCAGUGUACGUGGACGUUCCUGCUGGAACUCUGUCCUUCUACAGCGUCUCCUCUGACAGACUGAUCCUCCUCCACACCUUCAACACCACAUUCAUUGAACCUCUCUGUCCUGGGUUCGGGUUCAAUCCUGGUUCUUCAGUGUCUCUGUGUUGAGUUCAGUCUCCAGAGUCUCCUCCUGUCAGAGAAACUGUCUCUGUUGGACAGAUAGUUCAGUCUGUACAUGUCUGUCUCUGUUUCCAUCAGAACACCUGGAUCACAUGUUGGUGAAAUUGUUCUGAAUGAUUCCUUGGAAACUUCUUCCUCUUCCGGUCCUUUAAAGGUGAAGCUGCUGUUAUGCAAUCAGCCAAGAUGAAGUUACAAAACUGCUGACAGAUCUGAGCACAAGGUUGCUGUGCAGCCAGGAUUCAUCCUGGUCUUUAUUCACACCACUUCCUGUUCCAGCCAUGACAUCACUACUGGACUGUCAGGUCUCUGUCAUGGUAAAGAGUUUGUUUAUAUGUGAGCUCUCACCAAGAUGAAUAAGAUGAUCCAUCCAUCAUCUAGAACUAGUUUAGGGUUCCGGGGGUCGGCCUUGUUGAUUUUAAAUGUACUAUGAUGAUUUUUAUGUACAUUUGUCAGUAGAAGGAGAAAUCAACAACAAUAAUGUGCUUCUAUGGUUCCUAGACUGUAGAAGAACUGGACAAACCCUCCAUGACGUCAUCUGUAACGUUGUUUUCAGCUCUCAUUUUCUCACCUAAUGAUUUAGUGAGUCAAGAAAACUGUUUGGAAAUAAGAUGUUUUUAUUGUAACCACAGAUUUUAUGGUCCAUCGUCCACUGGAUCACAUUUCUACCAAAUCUAUACUUCUGUAUAUACCAAAUAUAAUCAGCUGUCUCCUCCAUCAGAAGCUGCUUCAGCAUCUAGAUGCAGACUGCAGCUCAGGGAGGGGGUUUUGUGGAUUACUGAUCAAUAUUAAAGUGUUUAUGAUGUCA